AUGACUCUGUUAUUACAUGCCGAAUUCGAUGCAACUUCAGAGUCAACAGCAACAAAGAUCCUCGAAUCUUUGGCUGGUAUGGCUGAUAUUGUCCAUCGUGAUCAUCCCAAAGUAUAUACAUAUGUAUUUCGACAUGCCGAUGAAACCAAAACAAAACUUAUUUUUACUGAAAUAUAUGCUAAUGAACAGGUAUUUCUCGACCAUGGACGUGAUGCCGAGUUUGGUAAACUUUUACAACAGGCUUUCGAUACUACAACAGGUAAAAGUCGAAAAGAAUUAUGCAUUCGAAGUGAUAUCAAUAGUUCCUUAUCACGAAUAACUGCCAGUAUACUCGAUCAUUAUUUACAUGUUACUUAUAUUUCUCUUCAACAAGGGUUUUUUGAUCGAAAUUGA